CGUCAGUCCCGGAGCCGCGCGAGGACUCCAGCGGCCAGCAGCCGCUUUUUUGAGCGUAUUGAUUCAAGUGAAAAGAAAAAAAAAAAUCUUAUUUGACUCAAUAUCUGCAGGUUGUUUUGGUAUAUCAUGUAGAUCGGUGGGGUUUUUUGGUUUUAUUUUGAUUUUGAACGAGUUUCUGGGUCGUAUUCUGUCCCGCGGCAUCCCAUUGAUUCACUCCGGCUUUGUGCUUGGACGUGGCCAAGUGCGAACUUGUUACAACUCUGUGCGCUGUGACUUCACACAUCUACAGCAGAUCCGUGCAGAUCGCCAGAGGAGACGAUCAUGAGUGAGCAGAGUAUCUGUCAGGCCCGAGCUGCCGUCAUGGUGUACGACGAUGCCAACAAGAAAUGGGUUCCGGCUGGAGGUUCCACGGGUUUCAGCAGAGUCCACAUCUAUCACCAUACGGGGAACAACGCAUUCCGGGUGGUGGGCCGCAAAAUUCAGGACCACCAAGUGGUGAUAAACUGUGCCAUUCCCAAGGGACUGAAAUAUAACCAGGCAACACUGACUUUCCAUCAGUGGCGCGAUGCACGGCAGGUGUACGGCCUUAACUUUGGCAGCAAGGAGGAUGCUAACGUAUUUGCCAGUGCCAUGAUGCAUGCUUUGGAGGUGCUCAACUCUCAGGAUGCAGGCCCCACGUUGCCACGACAGAGCCCUCAGGUGCAGAACGGUCCCUCGCCAGAGGAGCUGGAAAUGCAGAGACGGCAGCUGCAGGAGUUGCAGCGUCAGAAGGAGCUAGAGCGUGAGCGGCUUGAACGAGAGCGUCAGGAGCGAGAAUGUCUUGAGCGUGAACGUCAGGAACGUGAGCGGUUGGAACGGGAGUUGCUGGAGCGCGAGCAUCAGGAGCAUGAACGCCAAGAACGGGAGCGCAUGGAGAGAGAGCGUGCAGAGCAGGAGCAUCUGGAGAGGUUGGAGCAGGAGCGCCAGGAGCAGUUGGAGAGUGAGCGUGCUGAAUGCGAGCGACUGGAGCGUGAGCGUGCCGACAGGGACCGGCAGGAGAGGGAGUACCGGGAGCAGGUUGACCGAGAGGACACGGACAGAGGACGACGCAUCUCCAAUGCUGCCUUUGAAAGUACCCUUCACACCCCUCCACCUCCAGACUGCAACAAGAGUUCUGCCUCUUCUUCACCUGUAUCCCCUUCCAUCCCCAACUACCCUCCUCCUGCCUCGUCACCUUCUGUAGUCCCACCUCCCACUCCUCCCUUGCGCCACUCUGCCUCUCGUUUUGCCACUUCUAAAGGCUCUGCUUUCCACCCAGUCCUACCUCAUUAUGCCACCAUCCCCCGGCGGCAUCCAACUCACCCCGCACCCACGGCUCUGCCUCCUGCCCCAGCUUCCAAAACCGUGGUCUGCCAGUCCACCAAUUUCACGCCCUUGCCGCCAUCGCCUCCAGUCAUGAUCAGCAGCCCCCCUGGCAAAGCCACUGGCCCUCGGCCUGUCAUUGCUGUUCCAGCCUCCAGCCCUCUCUUCUGCUCCUCACCCACAGCACCCAAUGGGCAUCCAGUCACCACUCAAUACCAUGCCCCUUCCCCAGUCUUAGGACAACCCCUUCCAUUACCCCCAACUCCACCCCCACCUCCUCAUUCCUUGCCCCAAUUCACCACCCCCAUGACCCCCUCUGUGUCCUGUCCAUCCACCCAGCCUCCUGUUGUCCCCUCUCCUUCUACAGCCUGCCCUGCCAAUGCCGAUUGCUCUGUAAACUCGGUGCUGGGAAACUCCUCUGCUCCAGAGCUGGAUUCAGUGCAGGCUGUGCUCACCCUGCCUACUCCACCCCCUCUCCCACCCGGUUCUACUGUGACCCCAACUUCUGCUGGAGUCCCUCCCCCUCCUGGUCCACCUCCACCUCCCCCUCUCCCUACCACACUUACUCCCACAGGUCUGCCUCCUCCCCCUGGACCACCUCCACCUCCCUCUAGCCAGGUCCCGCCUCCUGCUCCUCCUCCACCUCCAGCACCGCCUUUGCCCUCUGGUCUUUUUACUCCCUCACCCACUGGCGAUGAUAAGCCCUUGUCUGGCCUGGCAGCUGCCCUUGCAGGCGCCAAGUUACAGAAAGUGUCAAGGAAUGAAGAGCCUUCUGCUGCAGCUGUUGGAGGAGUGGCAGCUCCCAGUGCUACCAAGCCUGAGGCUGCCCGAGGAAAUGGUCCUCUACCUGGAGGAGGUGGACUAAUGGAGGAGAUGAGUGCCCUACUGGCCAGGAGAAGAAGAAUCGCAGAGAAAGGAUCAUCACCAGAGCCUGAGCAGAAAACGGAAGAAAUCGAAGCAACCGUUACUCCAAAAUUGUCGGCUUGUAGCACACCAGACAUGCCCAGAAAGCCAUGGGAAAGAGCAAACACCAUAAAUGGUAGCAAAUCGCCAGUUAUUGGAAGACGGGAUGCACUAUGGAGAAAUCAGACGAGUAUUGAAAAGUACUGUGAUUCCUUAAACAGGCCAAGGUCUACGCCCACUCCUACUGGAUCCCUAAGUGCCAACGGAGUGCCAACAGAAACUCUGGAUUACGACAGAUUGAAACAGGACAUUCUGGAUGAAAUGAGGAAGGAAUUGUCAAAGCUGAAAGAAGAACUUAUUGAUGCGAUCAGGGAGGAGUUGAGCAAGUCCAACUCUGCAUAAGAGACCACUUUCCCAACCGUGGUCCAUCACUCAAGGCCAGCUUCAGUUCUGACACUUUCUAAAAAUGCAGUGGUAAUGGACAUUUUGCAAAAGCAUUUUAAACUUGUGGUGAUAACAUUUAACCAUGUUAAUUCCGGAGAAGCGUUCAAUGGCGAUGCCAUUUUAGGGCUACAAGUACCAUGAAGAGAUGCCAUAGGUGUGAUUUCAGGCUGUGGAAUUUCCCUCAAUGUUACAACUAGGGGAUGGGAUGCAGCCUUUAUAAAGAAGUGACUGUCAAUAUGCAAAUGAUUACUCCUCUUUUUAUGAUAAUCAAUAUGAGGAGGGAAAACAACCUAUUACUGAACUGUAUACUGUAUUAACCAUCGAAGAGUGACUAUUUCCAGCAGGUGGUGAUCAUUAUUUGGCACAUUUGCUUAGCAAAGAACAGUCCUGUUUGGUCAGAUUAGCAUGAAGUAGAGCUUAGCUUGCUUUGCAUCAUUUGAGGGAAAACCUUUAGUCAGGUCAAACGAACAGGGUGUAGUUUCUUGCUGCGGGACUUUGUAAAGCUCGUCUUCCUGAUCUCAUUAUAAUCAGAGUAUGUACUUCAAAGACAAAAUAGAUAUUCAACUCAUUUAAUUAUGUCUGUUCUAAUAUGCCCAUAUUGAAGUAGCUUAGUCAUGCAACCUUGGCAUAAUCAGCAUCAGUUUUGGUAAUUACCCGGGUACAUUCAGAGAUGAAUGCUCAAAGGUCUGUCACAUGAACCACUGUAUGAGAAUAAUUACCUUGAUGUUGUAUGUGGGGGAAAUGGUUUGGAAUGAUGGGGUGAGAUGAUGCCUCUCUACUGUAAUUCAUUGUAGCUUUUUACCAAAUCCUCUCAGUCAAAAUGAUGGGUAAAUGCCAAUAUCAACAAGACCACAUCUGUAGAUAGUGCUAAUAACAGCUAGCCUCUUUUUCUAUGUUUCUUGGUCCACUGCAGGCUCUUUUCUUGUUUCUUUUGAUUUUAGUGCAUGUCUUUGUUCUGAAUGCUAUGGGAAAUCUUGCUGCCACGAAACAGAAAUCGUUUAUUGUUUUCAAUUUAUAAGCAAUAAGUGUAGCACUGACACUCGGUUUUCCUCCCCAUGUGAAUUUCCUUAUUUUCUGUAAUCAUCUAUUCUCCUAGUCGCUGAAUGAGUGAGGGAGUGUUUUUAAACUGCACACAAUUUUUUGUUUAAUAAACUGUAGACAUGGACAAACUGGUUAUAGCUAUAAUUAAUUCACGCAGGUGCACUGCUAUCUGUGUUUGGUUUUAUUUCCAAAUUCUGGUUCUGUGGGGGCUUUACUACCUAGUCGGAUUUUGUUUAGAAUUUCGACACUGUACAGUCAGAGGUGGGAAAAUGAACUAACAGCAUAAGACUAGUGUUACCGGAGAUUGAUCACAGCCGAUCAUGCGUGGGGGUGUUUUUCUUAGGAGUGGGGUGUUUGGGUGUGGUUUUUUUUUGUGUGUGUGUUCUCUUCCCCCAUACCCCCUUGUAAAUGUACUAUUGCACCCUCUGAGUAGCAUUUCAUCAUGGUUAUUUAUGUUUGCUUACAGUCCCUUUUAAAAAAAAAAAAAACCCUGAUCAAAAUAAUAAUCUUUUUCCAUUCCUGAUCAUCCAACAUAAUCUAUCAAGGAGUCAAAAUUUGUAUAGAGACAGCAUUGCUUGCACUUUAAUAACCUGUAAGAUCAAAUGAUGAUGAUACUGCUGAUGAUGUCAUCACCCCAGACUGUGGCAGUCCCACCAAAGUUCAACAGUAACAAUCUCUAGAACACCACAUUGUCCUGAGCUGCCUUUUGUUUUAUGGAAGGCUACGGACGAGGAGCGUUGCAAUCGAGAUUGAUUUCAUAUAUGGAUAAAUCUGUUUGUGAUCUUCAUGGUUUGUGCCUUGUUCUGAAGUCACAUUUAAUAUGUCAAAUAUUUUUUAAAAAUGACUAGUAAUAAUUAUACGGCGAUUCAUAACCUCAUUCAUGUUUUACAUCCUGUUUUCGUAAAAUAUAAAAGGGAGAUUUUAGGUUGUUCAUUUAUAAAAAUGUGCAUUUAUUCUCCAUGCCAUUUUUGUUGUUACAUUAUGGUUUGUGUGAAGUGGUGUUUUUUUUUUUUUUUUUUUAAUGAAUAUUUUGCGGUCUGAAAAUGUAAGGUUUGCUGCAGUGGGAGUCAUUUGAAUAAUGAGGAAUCGUCGACUCCAUUGUCUUUAAAAACAAAAAACAAAAAAAAAAGCUGACUUAUCCAUCUUCAGGAGUGGCUGAGACCAAGUCGACUUUUCAGGUGUGUGUUGGACAAGAUCCAAUUGAAUGUCCACAAAAUGCAUUUUAUUGGUUUCUCUUUUUUCUAUUUUAUCAAUCACCUUGUACCAUACUGUUCUCAUAUUAGACAUUUCUUACAUGCUAACAAUGAUUUGUUUGUUUAAGCAAAUGAAAUAAAAAUUGCAAUACA